CGCUCUGCGUGUCUUUUUAGUUCUGUCCUUGAAUCUCUCUCUCCCCCUUCUCUUCUGAUACAUUCCUCUUCCCUCUUUAACCACUAUCUUUUUUUUUUUUAAACAAUUACUACUAGUAAUAGAGAGAUUUUAUUUUUCUAAAUUAAUCUUUUAAUUCAAUUUUCCACUUCAACAUGGCUCCCGCUACUCUCGAGAAGGAGGACAAGGCCCGAGAUGCCGCCUUCAACAAGGCCCUGCACGGCAACUCGGCCAAGGCCAAGGGAGGCAUUGCCGCCAUGUUCUCCAAGGGCUCUGAUGCGAAAAAGGCCGCUGUGGAUGAGUACUUCAAGCACUGGGACAACAAGCCCGCCGAGAACGAGACUGCCGAGGAGCGUGCCGCACGAACAGCCGAGUAUGCCACUCUGACGAGGCACUACUACAACCUGGCCACCGAUCUGUACGAGUACGGCUGGGGCCAGUCCUUCCACUUCUGCCGCUUCUCCGCCGGCGAGCCCUUUUACCAGGCCAUUGCCCGCCACGAGCACUACCUGGCACACAGCAUUGGCAUCAAGGAGGGCAUGAAGGUGCUCGACGUGGGCUGCGGUGUUGGCGGCCCGGCCCGUGAGAUUGCAAAGUUCACCGGAUGCCACGUCACCGGCCUGAACAACAACGACUACCAGAUCGACCGAGCCACGCACUAUGCCGAGAAGGAGGGUCUCUCCAAGCAGCUGGCCUUUGUCAAGGGCGACUUUAUGCAAAUGUCCUUCCCUGAAAACACCUUCGACGCCGUCUACGCCAUUGAGGCUACCGUCCACGCCCCCACCCUGGAGGGCAUCUACAGCCAAAUCUUCCGCGUGCUCAAGCCCGGCGGUGUCUUUGGCGUCUACGAGUGGCUCAUGACUGACGAGUACGACAACGCCAACCUGCACCACCGCGAGAUCCGUCUCGGAAUCGAGCAGGGCGACGGCAUCUCCAACAUGUGCAAGGUCUCCGAGGCCCUGGACGCCAUGCACGCCGCCGGCUUCGAGCUGCUGAGGCACGAGGAUCUGGCUGACCGCGAGGACCACUCGCCCUGGUACUGGCCCCUGUCCGGCGAGCUCAAGUACAUCCAGACUCUUGGCGAUGUCUUCACCAUUGUCCGCAUGACCAAGUGGGGACGCGCCAUUGCCCACAACCUGGCUGGUCUGCUGGAGACGGUGGGAAUUGCGCCUGCCGGCACCAAGAAGACUGCCGACAGCUUGGCUCUCGCGGCUGACUGCCUGGUUGCUGGUGGUCGCGAGAAGCUCUUCACACCCAUGUACCUCAUGGUUGGCCGCAAGCCCGAGGCUUAAACGAAGCCUUGACUUCUAAGAUGGAAAGCGAAAGGGAUGUUGUAUUUUUGAUACCAUUGAAUUGACAUGGAGUAAUGAGUGAAGAAUUCCCCAACACGAAUGGGAAAGGCGAAACAAAAAAGAUGCGUGCUAUAUAUGAGCGGCAUCGAAAGCAAACAAUGGCUUUUAUUUGAAAUGGCAUGAUGGCAAUGCGCGCGCGGUAAAAAGGGAUGGCAAAUAACACUUUAUGUAUUGCAUAUGUAAUUAAUGGCGAUAGCAAAGAGGUAGACUCUGCUACACUUUUCUAAUUUAUUCUUUUAAAGAUGAACUCUUUUCUUCAAUCUGCUGAAACGGCAUAGUUGAUAAAGAUUGAUAAUGAGAUGAGCAUCAAUGAUUUCGCUAAUUUAUCG